GGAAGCAAACUUAGCUGAAAUUGCUAACAUGCUAAUCCUUUGGUUUUGAUCCACUUAUGUUACCUUGAGAGGAAGCUGGAGAGAAUAACCAGAGCCCGUCAAUGUGGACAAACGAUUCAAAGUAGACUUUAUUUAUAGUUUCAGGAUGUUUCACAUUAAAUUUGUCAUGUUUUAGUUUAAAAUGUUACACGAAGUUAGCUUAGCUGUGAGAGACGGACUUCAGGGUAAAGUUUAGCAGCAAGCUAACAUAACAGAGCUACACGGACUGACCAAAACUGAUUUAAAAGAGUUUUGUUGGAGUAAAAGGCUGUGAGAUCCCGAAAAAAUGUCAAAGACUCAAAAAUUCAGCAGCUUGUGUGAAGCAGAGAGUGACUGCAGCUGCUGGAGAGACAUUAGAGCUGUUUAAGAGGAGGAUGGAGGAGAACCAACACAAACUACAGGACGGUGUUUACAACUCUGGAUGUCUGUCACUCAGAGCAGGUUUGGACUGUUUUAUUCUCACUUCAAAUUAAUGACAAUGACAAUAACAGCAAAUAAAAACAUUAUACUGGAAAUGUUCUUGUUUUAUUUAAAUAUAUGCUUCUUUUUCUUUAAAUGAGACACAUUCAAAACAGUAAGGUUAGGUAUAACACUGAACACGAUCAUUAAUAUAUAGAGCAGGUCCAAGCCUCAAUGAGGCCCUAAGCAAAAUUUGAUUUUGGGGCCCUCUAUUUCUGCCAAUAAUAUUGAUUGUUGAUCAUUCACACACCUACUGCUAGCUUGCAUAUCCCAUGGUGCUUCAGCGUUAACUCGGCGUGACCGAGACCAGCACAGCGGGGAACAUGGUGAAGUGGGUUGAACUGAAACUUGUUGACUUAUUGUGUUUUUCACAAACUGGUUUAUUUCCCGUUGAGGCGGACCACUCUCCUCCGUGCGUCCCUGAGCUGCUGCUUCAGAUCCGUCACUCUGCUGUGCUGUGUGGUAGUUAGUGGAUGAAGAUUGUCAUGAGGUCACUGUAGCGCCGUCCACAGAAUAAGUCGAACUAAGGGAACUUUUCAAAUGGAGGAACAUUUUCGAAGUGAAAUCGAAUCUUAUUCUCUGCAUUUUAUCUCUGAAAAUAUUGACUAAAAUCUGUGAGUUUUGGCCGAUUACUGAUUAGUCUCAAACGGGCUAAAAUUGGCUGGGCCCUAAAAUCGACAUUAUAAAAGGCCAGUUUUUUUUUUUUUGCAGAACACAUCAUAACACUAAAGUUUCACUCUUGUCAUUUUCUGAAACUUGACAGCCCUGCAGGACAUCAUUUUUCACUUACAUACUUUUUCUACAACUGUCGUUCAAGUGUUGACACGAGUUUGUGUUUUUCAACGCGUGUUUGUUUUGUAUGCUUCUCCGCAGACACCCAGCAGCUGUUGGUGAUUAAAGAGGAGGAUCCCAUUGAACAGCAGGAGAGGAGCCUCAGUCUGGAUCAGGAGAAUUCACCAGAACCUCCACACAUUAAAGAAGAACAGGAGGAAGUGUGGAGCAGUCAGGAUGGAGUGCAGCUUCAGAGACAAGAGGAGGCUGAGAUCAUCAAGUUCACAUUCAGCCCUGUUUUUGUCAAAAGUGAGGAUGUUGAUGAUGGAGAGGAACCUCAGUUUUCACAGCUUUAUGAAAACCAAAAGGAAGAGGAUGGAGACAUAGAGCACUUGAAAAUAGAAACUGAUGGAGAGGACAUUGGAGAAUCAGAACAAGAAAGAAACUUUAAUCCACUCUAUCAUUUACAACCAGUUACAGACGAAGAGAUAUCACACUCUGAAACUGAGACUGAUAACAGUUGUGAUUGGGAGGAGAACAGUGAACCUCAGUCAGGUUUAAACCCUCUGCAAAAUGAAGAAGAACAUGUAACUGAUGAAGACUAUGAUCCUGGAAACACAUCAGUCACUGCCUCUGAAUAUGCUUCAAGUUCUGGCCGAAAGGAACUUCUACAGAAACACAAAAGAAUCCAAACAGAAGAGAAAAUGUUCAGUUGCUCAGUUUGUGGUAAAAAAUUUGGAAGCAAGAGUAAUUUAUCAGCUCAUGAAAUCCGUCACACAACAGAACAAGGUUUCAGCUGCUCGGUUUGUAAAAAAAGUUUUCCAAAGAGAGUUGAGCUGGCGAGGCAUAUGAGAAUGCACACUGGAGAGAAACCCUUCAGAUGUUCUGUUUGUGGCGGAAGUUUCACACAAAAAUCCAGUUUGUACACACACCACCAGGUUCACACUGGAGAGAAACCCUUCAGUUGUUCCUUCUGUGGCCGAAAUUUUGCACAGAAGUCACAUUUGUCCAGACACUUAAAAGUUCACACUGGAGAGAAACCCUUCAGCUGUUCAGAAUGUACAGCAGUUUUCCUUAACAAAAAUGACUUAGUUGUUCACAUGAGAACUCACACAGGAGAGAAACCGUUCAUGUGUUCAGUUUGUGGGAGAAGAUUUACACGAAGUGUAACACUGAAACACCACUUGAUGGUCCACAGAGGGGAGAAACCGUUUAACUGCAGUGUUUGUGAUAAAAGAUUCACCCUCCGCUCAGGUCUAAUCAGACACAAAUGUAAAGGGACUGUGUUAUCUUAAUGUGUGCUAAGACUAAACACCGUUUUUUUUCCCUGCUAAAUAAUGAGGUUGUCAGAGGUUGCAGAAAAAUUUCCACACAGAUCCGGCAAAGUCCCCUUUUUGAUUUGUACAAACUUGAAUAAUGAUGAGACUUACUGAGACUCACUUAAUUCGCCUUUCAGCUGAAAAAUACUCCAGGAGAUGAUUGUUUAUCAGAGGAAAACUCACCCAAGACUGUAAUGUAUCAAGUACUGACAGGAAUUUCCUUAAUAUGCACCCGGAACUUGUACUCAGGAUUUUGACUCGCCCUCUGACAAUGUAGAGCUGACAGUAAGGCCUUGAUACUGUCUAUGAAAAAAUAUCAAUUAAAGUCUUUAGUUGUGUGGUGUUUGGUUCUGCUGGUGUGUGGUUAUGCGUGUACAUGUUGAAACAUGUCUGGUAGUCUGAAAAUAAAGCUCACUGAUGCCCUUCUUACAAUUACUUGAAUCUUGAAGGUUCACAUUCAGCUGUCAGUCUAA